AUGAGCUGGUUGAUGUAUGAGCUGAUACCCAACAUCAGGACACACUCUGGAUCUCUCCGACGACCAAGAUGUGAAUCUCGGAGGCUGCAAGUGUCUUUGCAUGUUGACAUGAGCUUGAUUGUGCAGCUCGCGGAUCCUCCUACAAGUGAUUUCGUCGAAAGCUCGAUUGCAGACGAGUACUCCCCAAUGGACGAAAGCCUGCAAAGCUCGUCGACGGACAGCACACUUCAGGUCAAUGUGAUCAGGCCUCUGCAGACUGCCAUGCACUUGUACCUUCGGGAUCCUGUUUCUGGGGAGGUACGGGAUGCUCACCUUGAAAGGUUGAGAAUCCCGAGGCUGUUGAUCAAGGCCUUCUUGCAAGUAGGAUACAACUCAACACUGAUGGUAAAGAUGUUUCAUGAUAUGCCAUCAAACGUGCGAUCGGCUUUCUUUCAUGGAUCGAAUGCAAUUGAGCUGAUCGCCACAAGCUCUUUCAUGGGAGAGUUUGCUAUCAUGAGACAUCAGCAACAGGCUUCAGACAGUAAACAUUUGUUCAACAUCGACAGCUUGAGAGAUGCAGUAUCGACAGAAGCAGGUUUGGGUUACUGGAUCAUGGAGAUGGAUCCAAACACGAUGGUUCGAACAAAGGUCGAGAUAAGCUCGGGAAUCGCCUUCUUCCUAAACAUGCACCCGGAAGAAAUGCUCGCACGCCUGGGAAACUGCGACAACGCCCUUCCUAACUCGGAGCUCGAGUUCUUCGGCAACAUGACAUAUGAGAUUGCCAAGGUCCUAGACUCAAGAAUAGUCCGCAACGUCCGCAUGAUCCGACGAUGCCCACGGAGCGGAAAACUCACAGAUCCCUUGCUCGCCCGUCUGAUCUCAAUGAAGGAGCGAGAUGCUCACGGACGGGUAAUCCGCGUCAUGAACGUGCUGCAGCGUCUUAGCCCCGAGGAGUACGACUCAGCAUGCAGGAACGAGCCUGAGACUUGCCGCCCUCUCAUGGAUUGUCUCGGGGACGUGAGAGGGGGGGAAGAGCUGCUCGAGUCUGCGAACUACGACUCGCUCUUCACGCAGAGCUUCGCGUCUCUCAACGGGAGCGCGCAGGGAUUACAACAAGCGCAGAAGCUGACGGAGAAGGUGCAGCAGCUGUUUGCUCCGUUUGUCGAGUACGCGACUUCGAAGGGACUGUUAAGAUAG